AUGGAGCUGAUAGAGCUGGGUAGCAUCUCAGAGGGCCAAGAUCUGAUCAAGUUCAUGCUUGUGGCGCGCGACACAGACCGGGGGCGGGGCAAGAUGCUGGACUGCUACGAUGUGUCAUUCAUCCUGGGCUCAAUGGUGCCAGAGGGCGCGGCGGAGUCUGCGGGCCGUGUGCUGUUUGCGCUCUACUCGAGCGAGUCGCCCGAGGACAGCGCCGCGUCUCAGACCCUGGUGCCGUUCAUCCUGGGCACCCUGGUGGACCAUAACCGCUCCGGAUGGGCAGUUGAGCUGAGCAAGCAGCUGAUGUACACGACACUCGAGGAGAUCGAGGCUGGAUUGGGCGAUUACGACUAUUCGGUCCUUGGCUGGUGCAUGGCCCAGAUGGUGUGGUAUGGCCGUGCGGACUGGGCGGCGCGGCUGUGCCUGGAGUUGGAGAGGCAACAGCUCGACUGGUUCAACACCCAAGAGCUGCUUGGGGCUAUCGCGGGCUGGGGCGACGUCAAUUACUCGAUGACGGUCGUGAACUUCAUGCAGGAUGUUCGGAUGAAGGAGUCGCGCCGCACGUGAAGGGAAGGAAGCCUUGGGGGAAGCUGCCGGCGAGGCUGCGCCAGCCAUGCUGCUCAGCGCACAGAUGGCUGCAUUGGAGCUGGCGAGGUUUAGCGUCCAAUUUGUUAGCACGGGUGGCUUUGUUUAUCGUGGCGGGUUGAAGGAGAAGGCGCGCUGCCUACCGUUACCCAACGCAGGGCAAAACCUGCCGACGGUGUUGGGUGCAUGUUUUUUCAAUCAGCGAAUCCAGUGUGGGACGACAUUGGCUUUUGAAUGUGAGGAUGUUUGUCGCAAGCGUUGCUUCUGAUCAUGACGCCGGCAAUCUGUUCUGAGAAAUGACAAUGAUGCGUAUGGACGGCUGUUCGACGGUGACAAUUUGUGACUGGUUGAUACAUGUCAUGUCAUUUACAAUUCUUAGCGCGUAGGCGCAAGCGUUGGUUGUCUGCGUUGUUGUUUGUUUUUUCAUCUCGGUGCCGUGCGGCUUCAUAGCUAUGAACAGAGAAGAAAGGAGAAACGCGGGGUUGGGCUUACAGAGCACAACCCAGGCUUCCACAAGACCAUGCAUGAGCAUCAAUCACAUGGAAGAUAUUGCUUCGAUAUCGUCAUCGUCAUUGUUGAUGCUUUUGCUUUGUACGUUACUAUAACCAACUUUCCCCUACUAUUAAGGGAGGCCUCUUGAACAACCCGGAGGGCGUCGAUUUUCCCAUGGAUGGUUUUCCGGUGUUAUUGAUGGUUGCAUGCAUGACGAGAUGUUGGAAGGAUCUGGGUUACCAACAAUGACUCCUUGCAACCACAGCCCAGGGCGACGGAAUUUGAAUGAUGCCGGUGCACAGCGCGUACACAC